UAUAAAUCUCCUCCCCUCGCCUCUUCCCUGCUCAGCCCUCCCUCGCCUCUGCCCACUCCUGGCAAAGCAGCGGGACCCAAGUGUACUGCGACAGCAUGGCUACAAAAUGUGGGCAGUGUGGACCUGGCUACGCUACCCCUCUGGAGGCCAUGAAAGGGCCCAGGGAGGAGAUCGUCUACCUGCCCUGUAUUUACCGGAACACUGGCACUGAGGCCCCGGAUUAUCUGGCCACCGUGGAUGUGGACCCCAAGUCUCCCCAGUAUUGCCAGGUCAUCCACCGGCUGCCCAUGCCCAACCUGAAGGACGAGCUGCAUCACUCCGGGUGGAACACCUGCAGCAGCUGCUUCGGCGACAGCAGCAAGUCGCGCACCAAGCUGGUGCUGCCCAGUCUCAUCUCCUCCCGCAUCUACAUCGUGGACGUGGGCUCCGAGCCCCGGGCCCCGAAGCUGCACAAGGUCGUGGAGCCCAAGGACGUCCAUGCCAAGUGUGACCUGGGCUACCUCCACACCAGCCACUGUCUGGCCAAUGGGGAGGUGAUGAUCAGCGCCCUGGGGGACCCCAAGGGCAACAGCAAAGGGGGUUUUGUGCUGCUGGAUGGGGAGACGUUUGAGGUGAAGGGGUCCUGGGAGCGGCCUGGCAGUGCUGCCCCGAUGGGCUAUGACUUCUGGUACCAACCUCGACACAAUGUCAUGAUCAGCACCGAAUGGGCAGCUCCCAAUGUCAUACGAGAUGGCUUCAACCCUGCUGAUGUGGAGGCAGGGCUCUACGGGAGCCACUUACACGUGUGGGACUGGCAGCGCCAUGAGAUCAUACAGACCCUGCCUCUGAAGGACGGGCUCAUUCCCCUGGAGAUCCGCUUCCUGCACAACCCGGCCGCCGCGCAGGGCUUCGUGGGCUGCGCCCUCGGCUCCAACAUCCAGCGCUUCUACAAGAACGAGGGAGGUACUUGGUCAGUGGAGAAGGUGAUCCAGGUGCCCCCCAAGAAAGUGAAGGGCUGGAUGCUUCCCGAAAUGCCAGGCCUGAUCACCGACAUCCUGCUGUCCCUGGAUGACCGCUUCCUCUACUUCAGCAACUGGCUGCACGGUGACCUGAGGCAGUAUGACAUCUCUGACCCACAGAGGCCCCGCCUCACCGGGCAGCUCUUCAUCGGGGGCAGCAUUGCUAAGGGGGGCCCUGUGCAAGUGCUGGAGGACCAGGAGCUGCAAGGCCAGCCGGAGCCCCUGGUGGUCAAGGGGAAACGGGUGGCUGGAGGCCCUCAGAUGAUCCAGCUUAGCCUGGACGGGAAGCGCCUCUACGUCACCACAUCGCUGUACAGUGCCUGGGACAAGCAGUUCUACCCCGAACUCAUCAGGGAAGGCUCAGUGAUGCUGCAGAUUGAUGUAGACACAGUAAAGGGAGGGCUGAGGUUGAACCCCAACUUCCUGGUGGACUUUGGGAAGGAGCCCCUCGGCCCAGCCCUGGCCCACGAGCUCCGCUAUCCUGGGGGCGACUGCAGCUCUGACAUCUGGAUCUGAAGCCCGCUCCUCGCAGCCCCCACUCCACAUUCUGGGCCCUCGCUUCUCCGGGGACCUGGCUUCACUCUGCCCUCCCUUGGCCCCUGACCCCUGGCAGCUUGUCCCACCAAAGCUAAACUGAGCCUGGAGCUAAGAACAGACUGAGUGGCACCUCCACUUACCGACCACUGUCACCUGCCGCUUUCUGUGCCAUUUUCACAUGAGCGCUCGAUGCACUGGGAAAUAAAAUGGUGAACCCGA